AUGGCCGCCGAGCUAACCUCGACGAAGCUCAACCCUGAAAGCCAUCUGAUCUUGGAUCAACCACUCCUUCGAUUACCUCAAGAACUCGCUCGAAGGAACUUUAAGACCGUUCAACGAGCCGUCGAACGAGAAAAGGAAUAUGUUCUCCCUGCUCUCAAAGAGGCAGCGAACGCUUCCCUCUCCAACGCUCACACCCCCGACCAGACACUUGCAGCCCUCGAUGCUAUGAUCUCCAGAAUGCAAGGCCUGAAAAGGAAGAUGGAAAGCUUGCAGGAAGAAGAGCGACGAAUUCAGACCCAAUCUCGCAAGCGCAUCCAGCAUCUUGAAGCCUUGCAUGAGAUCCCGAACUUGGCAGAUGUCAAGUACGACCAAUGGUCUCGCGUGCGGCUGGAUCGGUUAUUGGUCGAUCAUAUGCUCCGGUCGGGUUUCUCAGAAAGUGCGAAACAGCUUGCCGAAGAGCGAGGGAUCGAUGGCCUUGUAGAUCUGGAGGUGUUCACACAGUGCCAGCAGGUAGUCCAGAGUCUUCGCCGCGGAGAAACAAAGGACGCAUUACAAUGGUGUGGAGAGAAUAAGGCGGCAUUAAAGAAGAGCAACCAUAACCUAGAAUUCGAACUGAGAAUGCAGCAGUACAUCGAGCUGGUUCGAACACAGGACCGGGCAAAAAAACUGGAGGCUAUUUCACAUGCCAAAAAAUACUUAACGCCUAAUCACGAGUCGCAGAAUAGUGAAGUCAUGCAAGCAGCAGGACUGCUUGUCUUUAAUCAGGACACUCGGGCAGAGCCGUACAAGUCCUUGUUCUCCCAGGACCGAUGGAAGAUUCUCUCUGACCUCUUCAUCAAAACUCACCAUGAGCUUCUUUCACUGCCUUCACAGCCUCUCCUUCAUAUUGCCCUUUCUGCAGGGCUGUCGGCGCUCAAGACCCCCCUGUGCCACUCAGCUUACACGUCAUCCAGCUCAAACUCACAGUCAACAAGCACCUCGGUAUGCCCGAUCUGCUCGACGGAACUGAAUGAGUUAGCCCGUAAAAUGCCAUAUGCUCACCAUUCCAAGAGCUACGUGGAAGGCGAUGCAAUUGUGCUACCCAACGGUCGAGUCUAUGGAAAGGAGCGACUAUUGGAAAUCAGUAAGAACCUUGGGGUUGUAGACGCAGGCAAAGUCAAAGAUCCGACAACAGGCGAAGUGUUUGAUGAAAGUGCGAUGAAGAAAGUGUACAUCCUGUAA